CAUCGCUCCGAUAAAAGUCGUCCCGUCUUGAGCCAAAAUGCUGCUGUACGCGUGGGGAGCCAACCGUUAUGGGCAACUCGGCCUGGGCUACAAGUCCGAAGUGGUAAUCCAGCCGAGAGUGGUAGACAUGUCAACCACGAACCUGAAGGCGGACAAUAUUGUCUCGAUCGCCGGCGGGACCAGCCACACCUUGAUCCUGGACAAAAACGGGUAUGUUUAUUGUUGCGGCGUUAAUACAGACGGCCAGUUAGGUUUGCCCGACGAUCAUCUCCACUUCACCGAGAUUGACAUUUUGAAGGACUUUCAAAUUUCAAAAAUUUCCUGCGGCGGCGAUUUCAGCUCGGCGAUAUUGAAAUGCGGCAAGCAGUUCGUGUGGGGCAACAACCGUUUCGCCCAGUUGGGGCUGUCUAAGAACAUAAUCUCCACGGGAAUCCCGUCAUGGCUCCAGCUGUCACCGCGACUGGCAACUGGGUUCCGUCAAGUCAGUUGCGGCUACCGUCACACUGCCAUGAUAACGCAGGACCGCGGCCUUUUGGUGGCCGGCACCGGUAGCAAGGGCCAACUUGGCAUAGGUGACAAUUACGACGACAACGGGUACAUGACCAUUUCCAGAAUUCCGGAAUUGGCUAACGUAAUAUCCAUCGCAAGCGGCCAGUACCACACCAUAUGUCUGAAAGAGGACGGCAACGUUUUCGGAUGGGGCGAGAACAAAUACGGUCAAAUCGGCAUAGAUCCAAAAUUCACCAACAUCUAUCUCCCGGCAAAAGUGCUGACCAACAAUACAUUGACCAAAUUGUGUGCCGGAUGGACGCACAGCGCCGCUUUGACCAAACACGGGGACGUCUACACCUGGGGCCGGAACAACUCUGGUCAACUGGGAUCACCAAGGGUUCAUCCACAUAAGCCCGAAAGAAUUCCAUUGACCAACAUCACUGAUUUAAGCAUUGGGUCUGAUCACAACAUGGCUAUAACGGAGGACAAGAGCCUGUACGUCUGGGGCUGCAACGACACCGGAUCCUGCGGCACCGGGGACUUCAACCACGUUAUGAGACCCACCAAAAUUUUGAGUCAACACAAAGUUAAAUAUGCAUUUGCUUGCAUGAAUAGUUCCUUUGCUGUAGUUGAAUAGUUAUCUAUCUUCAUUCAAUGAUUAAUUCAUUUAUUCAGUUAUACAUUAAUUCAGUGAUUAUGAAGUUUUGAUUGUUCUGGUUGCAAUAAUAAAGUUGUGGAUAAAUUAAA